CCCGGAGCGCGACUCCCAAUUCCGAGUCCCGCCACUUCUAGCGACCCAGCGAGCCCCUCGACGACCUCCCGCCUGCCACCAUGGUGCUGACCGCUGAGGACCGCAAGUUGAUCCAAGCCUCCUGGGGGAAACUGUCCUCUGAAAUGGACGAUCUGGGCGGCGAAGCGCUGACCAGGCUCUUCCAGGCCCACCCGCAGACCAAGACCUAUUUCCCGCACUUCGACCUCAGCCCCGGCUCCAACGACAUCCACCGCCACGGCCAGAAGGUCUUCAAGGCGCUCGACGGCGCCGUCAAGCACUUGGACAACAUCCGCGGGCCCCUGGCCGAGCUCAGCGACCUGCACGCCUACAACCUCCGCGUGGACCCCAUCAACUUCAAGCUCCUGGGCAAGUGCUUCCACGUGACACUGGCUUCCAGUCUCCGCGCCGACUACACCUGCCAGACCUACCUGGCCUUUGACAAGCUAUUCUACGAGGUGGCCGAUGUGCUGUCCGAGAAGUACAGAUGAGCGUCCCAGGACACACGCCCCUCCCGCGGGCUGCUGGGUGGCCUCCCAGCCGCUCGCCCUCCGGCGCUCCUGCUCUCCUGGUCCACUGAGCAAUAAAACGCAUGCACCUCGCCCUA